AGUUUAAUUGUUUGAUCCGUUUAGCUGUUUGGUUCCAACUAUUGGUUCCUACCGUGGUCCAGAAAUUAAAAUAAUUAAUUAAUUACUCGCAUUAUAUAAGCCUCGAUUCGAAGAUCAGCUACGUCUUGGCUGUGUGUGUGUGUGUACGUGUGUGCGUGUGAUACUCAUUGCAUUCCGGUUUUGGAAUAAUAUCCAAACAACAAAAGCUCCAUAUAAAUUUAUAUAUACACACGCCCCGCACUCGUAUAAACGGUCGCUACGUCAGUGCCAAUCCCACCGAAAAAAACCCGAAAUACAUCAGUAAAUAAAAAUUGAAUAAUUGAAACAUACUACAACGCACAUGUGUAUGUAUGUACGAAUGUACAAUCAGUAGUACAUACACAUAAGUUCAAAUUAUAGCAAACAGUUUCACUGUUUUGAUAGACGAGACUCGAAAGUAACUUGCAAAAUGCUUGCAUUACCAGGUCGUGUUUUAGGAUGCCUCCAAUUGCUUCUUGUGUUCGCAGGCAUGUGUCUGGCGCAGCAGCAAUAUCCUCAGCUGUCUGUCGGCACUCCCCUGGAACCGUUGACCGCACCGACAGCAUUUGAGCAGCAAACCACCCAUAUCCAGUCGCUGAGGAGCAACUUUGAUGCGGACUUGCUGCGCACAAUUUCCCAGGGCGCACAGGAGUUUGGCCUCGAUCUCCUGCAGCGUAUAUCCGUGGAGGUGCAGAAAUCCAACAGGGAUUUUAUGAUAUCACCCUUUUCCGUGUGGUCGCUGCUCGUCCUGCUGUACGAGGGCGCCAGCGGUGCCACCUACGACCAGCUGCGACGGGCCCUGCACAUCAAUGUCGAGGAUGAGAAGCUGCGCGCCGUCUAUCAAGUGUGGAGCACGUACCUGAACAUCAACACGUCUACCAUUGAGGUGGCCUCGCUCCAGGCCGUUUACACCGAUCACAGUUUGCCCGUGAAGAAUGCCUACCGGGAUGUCGUAAAGAACUACAACGUACAGCCCGUGGAGGUUGACUUUUACAGUGCCAAUACGGUGCACCAGAUCAACGAGGCCUCCAACCGCACAACGCGCGGUCUCAUUCCGUACACGGUGCUGCCCCAGGAUAUUUAUGGAGCCAAGAUGUUCCUGCUCUCCUCGCUGUUCUUCAAGGGCCAGUGGAAGUUCCCCUUCAAUCAGUCUGCGACGCGUAUGGAGCCGUUCUACAACGAGAACGACGAGGCCAUCACCACAAUACCCAUGAUGGUGCAGGAGGCAAACUUUGCCUAUGCCACAAAUAUUGAGGGCUUGGACGGCUACGUACUGGAGCUGCCGUACGGAGCUCAGGACAGGCUCUCGAUGAUAGUUAUACUGCCGAAGCGCGGCUUCAAGCUAAACGACGUGGCCAAUAAUCUAAAGGCGUUGGGUCUUGCGCCCAUCUUGCAGCGUUUGGCUGCAUUCAGGCGCACCGCCUCGGAGGACAACCAGGUGGAGGUGUUAAUGCCAAAGUUCACAACGACGACUGACUUCACCCUGAAGGGAGUCCUGGCACAGAUGGGCAUACUCGACCUUUUCGAUGAGAAUAGGGCAAACCUCAGCCGGAUGUCCUCUGGUUUGUUUGCCAAACUCUGCAUUCAUUCCACCAAAAUCAUUGUGGACGAGCAGGGUACAACCGCCGGGGCAGUGACUGCCGCUGUGCUCGCGAACAAGGCGACGCCGCCAAAGUUCCAGCUAAACAAGCCAUUCCAAUACAUGAUCGUGGAGAAGGCCACCAAUCUAAUGCUCUUUGCUGGCCAAGUGCGCAACCCUAAGGCGAUUUAGUCUUAAGCGAGAUUUUAUUGACAUCAUUCAGAAAGAGAAAUCCUACGUUAAGGAACUCGUA